GCCGAACGGCGAAGAGAAGAUCAGCGGGGGCAGCAGCGCUCGGCUGGCGCUGCCUCGCCCUGAGCAAAGAUGUCGGCCGCGGCCUUUCCCCCGAUCGGGCCGGGAGCCUGGUCUCUCCCCUGGAGGCGCCGCUCCGCGUUUCCAUGGUAACGGUGAGAAGCCACUGAGCGGCGGAGGGCAAGCGCUAGGCCUCGGCGGGGGGAGGACCGCGGGAUUAGGGUGGAAACGGGCGACUGCGGGCUCCUGGGGUAGGAGAGAGGCGGAGUGAGUGUGUUGCGGGGUGGGGUAAAGGGUGAGGCUCGGAGGGGCAGGGAAGGGAUGCGGGGGAUAGGGCUGGGCGUCGACGAGGUGAGGCGAAGGAGGGAUGGAGAAGAGGAAAAAGGGAGCUCUGCAGCCGCGUGUGGAGAAAGGGAGGUUUUAAACAGAGGAGUGGUUGGCUUGGCUGAAGAUUGCGGCUCCCCGCGUGCAAAGGGGAAGAAAAGGCUGGGAAGGGCUGCGUCGCAACCUGAUCGAUUCUCAAUAUUGGCUCGGGAAUGCGCAGCAACCUGAUCGAUUCUCAAUAUUGGCUCGGGAAUGCGCAUCUCAAAACCCUCCCGGGAGGAGGUUUUUUUUUGCACCGGAGCAUCCCUAUGCCAUCACGGCGGUGAUUCCUAAGCCAAAUCCGUCCGUAAAACUUUUUACGUUUUCCGUUAAAAAUACAAGCAGCAGCAACCCGGGAGGAUUAUGAUUUAAAACGGGUUGGAAAAUUAAAACAAGCUGUUUCUUCUUCUAAAAGCAACACCUGCAUAUCGUUUAUGCAACAAAAAAGAUUAGAGCCACCAGCCCAGCUGGACUGUUCUUGGCUGGCCUUGAACCAAGUUGGCCAAGGGCACCGACUUCUGAUGCCACCCUCAGGUUGUCUCCUGGAUGAUGCUUAAGAUCCUAGGCUUGGAUAAUGAACUCUCUUUGUUUUAUUCAGGUAAUUUGAUUAUUGAUUUUGGAGAUGCCAGAUGGCCUCAAAUGGUGAAGAUGCCAUUGCUUGGUACCAAAAAAAGGUCAGUCUCGAGGCUUAUUUUUGUAAUUACUUUCGUCCGUUGUACAGAUGCAUGUGGGUUUCCCCCAUUCUGUAGGUUGUAAUUAAAACUGUACCUGAAGAGGGGGAAGGAGGAGGGUUUUAAAGAAUAUUCAUGUUUGUUUUGAACAUGGUACGGCAGACUACAUUUUUUGGUGCCUGCUACAAAGUUGUUGUAGAUCGUUUCUGUGCUUCAGGCUGCAAUCCUAUACAUGCUUACCUAGGCAUAGAUUGAUUUCUUAAGAAGGGUGUGUGAAAAUUAUUAUGGACAAAGUAUAAUUAUGUAUGCAUUUUCCUUGAUUAUCUUCUUUGAUGUAUGAUAUAUUCCCCUUGAGUCAGCAUUUUCUUUAACUUAUAAAAUAUUUAAAGGUUUUUGGAGGCUUUCUUCAUAAGUUAGUACUAUAUUGUUUAAGUUUUGGAGGUGGCAAUACUCUUCUAAAUUUUUGGAACCAGGAAAGCAUUAGAAUUUAACUAAGCCCCAUGCUGGAUGCAGCAGGGAUUCAGUUGCUGAGAAUGGCUGUGUCAUUAGGCAAAGGCCAUUAGCAUAUGGGCCAUUAGCAGCGGCUCUGCCAGACAGCAAGAGGGUGGGGCUUCUUCUUCUACCUCCUUCCACUGAGAGAUAGUUAGCAGAGACAAAGGCCAGAAGUGGUAGAAGGAUUAGGAUUGUGGUUUUGCCUGAUACAAAUUUGAGGGAAAAGGUGUCAAAUCUGUAAGCAGCAAGCUGGGACAGGGGGAAAGAGGGCCAUAGUUUAUUUCUGAUUGGAUCCACAACUGUGGUCAUGGGAGAACCAGGACCCUCUUCCUGGAAGCCCCUGUAUUGUAGGCUCAGGUUGUAUAUACAGGUGAAACUCAAAAAAUUAGAAUAUUGUGGAAAAGUUCAUUUAUUUCAGUAAUUCAACUUAAAAGGUGAAACUAAUAUAUGAGAUAGACUCAUGACAUGCAAAGCGAGAUAUGUCAAGCCUUUAUUUGUUAGAAUUGUGAUGAUUAUGGCGUACAGCUGAUGAAAACCGGAAAUUAACAAACACUUGUAUGUGUAAAUAAACUAUACACGAUGAAGACACCACUGUCUCUACUGUGGAAAUAUGAACCCUGGGUAAGUUCCUGGGCCCCUGGAAUCUCACUUGUGGAUAUUGGGGUGGCAUGGAACAAUAUUAAAACAUGCAAACAUGCAGUUUGCCCCCUGCAUUCCCUCAAUGCUUUUCAUGUCCAUAGUUUUAAAUAGUGGGAUCCUGGGUAAUAACUUGAUAAAUUACUUAAUGUCUGUAUUGUUAAUAUUUUGGAUUUGGAGAUGGAAGUAGAAUACAGGAAGCAGUUUAGUUGCCUAGACUCCUCUUUGACUAACACAACUCUUUUUCAGAUUGGAGCCUAUGAUCAGCAGAUAUGGGAAAAAUCUAUAGAACAAACUGAGAUGAAGGUAAAAAUCUCUUUUGUGAAAUGACAGAACUCAAAAGUACAUUGCAUCUUGACAAAUAGAUACACAUGUGAAAUAAGCAUGCCAAAGAGGAUUGUGUAGCAUGUAAUAUUUCCUAAUUACAGUUGCCCUGAUCUGAUACAAGAGCUACUUGUGGUUAAGGAAGUUCUGAAGGUGCACACAAGCUUUCUAGAUGGAAAGCAAUGGCUUUCUAGUUCACUGCAACAUUGAAGACAGCUGAGCGGAUGCAGCCUCAUUGCCAUAAGUGAUGAAGUCUGUGCUUGCUGGGAAUUUGAUCACAAAGGGUCAGUGGAGCUCUAGGUUCAGAUUAUAGUGUUAUGAGAAACUAGAAAGAAGCUGUACUAUGCUGAAGAACUGGCAAACUAGGUGUGUUUCAUUCUGACAGAAAGGAAUCACAAUAAAGGAACUGAAUGAUAUGAAGAUUGUGACCUUUAUAUUAAUAACUGUGUUUUGUGGGAGUUUGCCCAUUUUCUCCUAGUUUUAUCUUGGCCUGGCUUCUUUUGUUUUGAAUAAUUGUACUCUGUCAAAUAACCUGUGACUGAGAGAUUUGCAUCUCUUUGGCAGAUUAGCUAAAGAUUGAAAUUGCCUGUAUACGUGGCAUAUUUCCCUGGGGGGAUCAUAAGAACAUAAUGAAAACUCUGCUGGAUCUGACCAAAGUGCCAUCUAGUUCAGCAUCUAGUUCUCUGAGGGGCCAACCAGAUGGUCAUGGAAAGCCUGCAAGCAGGACACGAGUGCAUCUAUUAUAUAUUUCAUAUUUUUAUUUAUAUUUCACUGCUGUUGACAGAGAGUUGUCCUUUGCACACACAAAUACAAACUGAUUCAUUGAAUAACUGUAUUAUUUGCCUUUAGUUAUUUUGCAGAUUAAGCAUAAAUAGGCAACCUGAAUUUCUUUAAGUGUUUAAUUACUAGGUUUUUAUCUACAGUAGUGUUGAAAUUUUGCAGGAAAGUUCUGGAUGAUUUUGGACAUUACGUGGAAGGGGAUAGUAGAUUGUAAAAUAUGAUAGGCUUGAGGUACUGUAGGAAACAGGAACUAGUGCAAGGCACAAAAAACCUCAUUUCAUGCCCCAUGACUCCCACCCCAGUGUUCUCAGGUCUGUGUACCUUUAAACACACAUUUCUCUCAUAUUUUCAUAUUUUUAUAUAAAGGGUGAGCUUAAAAUUUGCUUUUAAAAAAUAAAUAAAAAGCUAGAUAAAUAAAUAACCUCAUCUCAGAAGUCCUGUGACAGUACACAGCCUCUGUGCUGCAUAUACACGCAUAAGUGUAAGGAAUUCAAAUAGUCAGAGGACAUGAAUGAUUAUUUAUAAGCCAGUCUCUUUGCUAAUGAGAUUAGAACUAGGAGAUACAAGUAGACAGCCUAUUAUAUUCACCACAAAAUCUACUCAUUCUUUAUGAUUAAAUUUAUAGGGCUUCAAAAACAAACCCAAAAAGAAAGGCCGCAUUCAGCCUGAUCUUAUAGAUGUUGAUUUAAUCAGAGGUAGGUAUUGUGUGAAUAACUGCAUUUGUGCUCAUCAUCACUAUUUUACAUGAGUCUGGGAGGUCAGGUAAUUAUUUCAUCUUUUGUAUAGGUAUGACAUUUAGUACAGUUUUAAUUUUAUCCACAAAUUUCUGUCCCACCUUUCGGACCAGUGGCCAAAAAAAGCUGCUUAUAAUAAUUAAUAAAAUAAAAAUAGUAAGCAAAUAAUAGCAGGGGAGAAAUCAUAAAAGCUCAACACAGUCAAAAAGUGUGUUGAAAUCAUGAUUUGAUGAAAACCGAAAGGAGUGGUGGGACCAGUAGUGUAGGAAGAUGCAGGCACAGUAAAAAAUUAAUUUUGCAGCAUCUCUGCACUUCUGAAGACAAUAGGACCAGUGAUGAAUGCAGUGUACAGGCUGGAUUAGGUUGGGAGAAAAUUGCCCUGUAAGUAAACUGGUCCCAAACUGUUUUCAGAUUUAUAAGUAAUAACCAGUGUUCUGAAUUGGUUCCGCAAGCCAAUUGGCAGCCAGUAUAAAUUGCUUUCUAAAGUGUAUUACUCCAAUCUUGUUCAAGUGACAAAUAAUGGCCGGGCUGCUCCAUUUUGCAUCAGCUGAACUUUCCAAACACUUCUCAAGGGCAACCCUAUGUAGAGUGCAGUAAACUAAUCUAGAAGCGACAAAUGCAUGUGUAGCAGUGGCCAGAUAGGCUUUCUCCAGGAAAUGGCACUCCUAGUGCACCAGCCAAAGCUGUGCAGAAACUCUCCUAGCCCCAGCCGAUAUCUGACAAUCCAGCAGCAAUGCUGUGUUCAGGAGCACACUCAUUAAGGAUCUGUUUCUUAAGGGGUGUGAAGACCUCAAACAGAACAGAUACAUAAUCGUAUCUUUGUUUUCCUACUUACUGAUAAUAGCUUUGAUGAAGCCUUGCUUUGUUAGCUUGCAUCUAUUCUGAUGUACUGGAAAGGGAAAUGUGGGUGAAAUCAGCAUGUUGAUGGCAUGCAAUCCCAGUGUGAUCUCCCACUUCAUGUAGAUCAGCCUUCCACAGCCCGGUGGCCUCUAGAUAUUUUGAAUGCCAACUCCCAUCAGCCCCAGCCAGCAUGACCAAUAGUCCGGGAUGAUAAGUAUUGUAGUCCAAAACAUAUGGAGGGUACUACAUUGGAGGAAGUUAAUGUAGAUGUUGAAUAGAGUAAGAUGGAACCCUUCAGGGACCCCGUUGGCUAAGCAGGUGAACAACAGCCUGCCAAUACUAUAUCCUGGAACCACCCUUUCAGAUAGGAUUAGAACUGCAGGAGAGCAUUCUAAACUGUGCUAGCAGAAGAGGUUUACACUUUACAUCUUGCUGUCUAUAGCAGGGGCAGGGAACUUUUUAAUUUUUAUUUAAGAGCUGCAUUCCCAUUUGGCCAACCCUCCAGGGGUUGCAUGCCAGUGGUUGACAUGGCCACACCCACACAACCCAUGCAGCACACAGGCACAUGUUCACUCUCCCUGCUAAGCAAUUGGCAUGGAAAACCUUUCAAGCCAGAUUGCUGGAGGGUGGGUGAUCUUCCUCGAGAUUGCAGUGGGGGAGGGAGGGUUAACUGCAGAAUUGCUACCCUUUAGCAACAAUUAUUCAUUUACAUUAGCUCCCACUUGCAGUCUGAAAUGAUACAGUGGUACCUCAGGUUAAGUACUUAAUUCGUUCCGGAGUUCCGUACUUAACCUGAAACUGUUCUGAACCUGAAGCACCACUUUAGCUAAUGGGGCCUCCUGCUGCUGUCACGCCGCCGGAGCACGAUCUCUGUUCUUAUCCUGAAGCAAAGUUCUUAACCUGAAGCACUAUUUUUGGUGUAUGUAACCCGAGGUAUCACUGUACUUCCCUGGUGCAUGUUUCACACUUUAUCUAUUUAUAAGAACUAGUCCUGAGCGGCCAUGAAGUUUUGCAAAUAUUUUCCUACAUCCACAAUUUUAAAGGGAGUCUUGGACUGAGUAAGAGCGGGAAAAAGUCAAAUGGAUUUCCUCUUAAUUCCCAGAUAAACUAGCUGUGUUUUUCAUGUAUGCUUUCUAGGUUCCACAUUUGCCAAAGCUAAACCUGAAAUCCCUUGGACAUCUCUGACAAGAAAAGGGCUUGUGCGGGUUCUUUUCUUCCCCUUUUUUAGCCAGUGGUGGAUACAAGUAACUUCCUGGCGUAUUUUUACAUGGCUGCUAGCGCUCUACCUCCUACAAGGUGAGUAAAGAUUGAGAUUAUGUUAGAGUAGCUUGAAGAGAAAACCAAGAUGACCUAUUUUAGGAUGGUGUAAUCAAUCUGAUCCAUCAAAUUUAACAGACCUGCUCCAGGCAAAUAGUUGGAGGAAGACUUUUGCAAGCAAAAAAUCAAGAAGUCAGGAAUCAGUCGUAAAUCAUUCUUCACUUUUGCAGCUUGGUGGUGCAUUUGCUCCUUAACAUCUUGGAAAAGAAGUGAUUUUGAGAGAGAAUCUGUCCCUGUAGCUCAUCUUCACAGACUUGACCUGGUAGAAAUAGCAGUCUAGGAUUCUUGUCUGCUCACUCUUGAGCUUGCUUUGCAACACUCUCCUCAUUUCUAUCUCUCCUUCAUAUCAUUUCCCUUCUAUUUACAUUUUCUGUUUCCUUUCACUUUCCUCUUUGCCAUCACUGACCAGCUUUAAAUGGACUUUGAUCCAAUGAGGAGGAAAGAUCAAAGCUGGUCAUGGAGUAACCUUAUGAUCGCAGAACACAAGCUCUGUUGUGUGGACUGCAACAGCACUUGAUAAACACAUUGUUACCUGGUUUUCAUCAUUUAUCCAGUUCUUUUCAAAGUGAGAGAAAAGUCAUGCAAAUAAUUUUGUUGUAAAUUAUCCGUCUUAAUAAUACACCAGCCAUGGUGGGAAUUAUGAAUUAGAAGGAAUCUUUAUUUAGUUGGGAGUCUUUUUCCUAAACAUUGUCUUUGUACCAGACUCAACUCCAUUCAUGGAUUCCACUGAUAGAAUGUAAUGCUUCAGAGUGCUUAUCCCAGCUAGAUUAAAGGUUUAAGUAAACAGUUUUGUGGAGAGCAUGUUGUCAGGUAUUUGCUUUUCCAUUAAACAGUUCCAAAGCUGUGUGCUGUUUGUUUGAGACUUAAUUGAGAAUAUAAGCUUGUUAUAUUAUGUGCCAUGUGAAUGCAUAUAUGUGAGAACUGGCUAUGAUUAAAUUUUAAUUGCUACACAAUUUGUACAGCCUGUGGUAAGAUAUAUUAAUAGAUAUUUUGUGGUAUAGCUAAGAUUAUAGGAUGUGAUUUCACAUAUAAAGUUCCUAUAUGGACAUUGCAAAUGAUUCAAGAACAAUUAGGAUUAUAUCAGGUAAUUACUCCCAUUUUGUUAGGAAAUGAUCCUACAGAUUUACAAGAUCUGCUAUCAUACCCUACAUUUCAGAAACAACUAGAAGUUAAGAAGUUGGGAGAACAGGCCACAUUAGAGGUAUACUAUAGAAACCACAUUAUGACCAGCUAACCAGGUGAGGGUAGCCAAUGGGUCUCAAACCUUUGGUGAAUUAGGGACUUCCCCGGUAUACAAAUAUCUACUCUGCCCAUUCCCACUUGAAAAGUAGUCACUGCUUUGCCUUGCAGAAGCAUUCAUGUUUAGUUGGCUGGAGAGAAGCUAGUAAAGGAAAUUUCCCCCCUUCCUUUUGAAGGAUGAAACCAUCCCAUUAGCAGCACCUUGUUAUCCGUUGUGUGCUCAGCCAAAAUGAGCAAGUUCAGGUGUGAGAGUUUCCUAGAGAGAGCUCUUCCAUGUGCUUGGACCAAGCAGGAUUGGCCCCCUUUUGCAUCAAUUGCGGUGGGGGGAGAUACCCUGCUAAGUGCUGGCUUUGGAUGUGUGAGAGAGCUCCCUGUAGAUAGUCACCAGUCUUCCAAAUCUUCAACCCAGUUAGAUGGGUGGUAUAUAAAUUAUUAUUAUUAUUAGUAGUAGUAGUAGUAGUAGUAGUAGUAUUCACUUGAUUAUGGCCCCCAGCAACAAAGAGGUGUUUUUAUGUUGUAUUACUAAAACAAAGGUUUGCCUGGCAGGCAACUUACAUACAUUUUUUUCUUCAGUCAUAGCAAUUGUGUUGUACUACAUGAUGCCAGUUGUGAGUGCAAGUGAAAUUAUUGGACCAUUGUGCCUUAUGCUGCUGAUGGGGACUGUACACUGUCAAAUAGUAUCUACACAGUUAUCAAAGCCAUCAGGAAUUGAUGGAAGCAGUGUUGGCCGGAGAAGGAGGUGAGAGAGCAAAGUCAGUAGAUUGGAAAGGGUCUCAGUUUUUAAGGUGCUUGCUGGAAUUAGAACAUACGGUUAGGCACUACAGUGGUACCUUGGUUCACGAAUGGCUUAGUUGACAAACAAAUUGGCUCCCGAACGCUGCAGACCCAGAAGUAAGUGUUCCAGUUUGUGAACGUUUUUUGGAAGCUGAACUUCCGAUGGGGCUUCUGCAGCUUCUGCUUCAGUGCAGGAAGCUCCUGCAGCCAAUUGGAAGCCGUGUCUUGGUUUUUGAAUGGUUUUGGAAGUUGAACGGACUUAUGGAAUGGAUUAAGUUUGAGAACCAAGGUACCACUGUACUUAAAUGUCACCUUUUUGUGUCCUUGGGUGUAUAUGUUAUAUAAAUUCUCCCUUCCAUGUUGGCUGGGACUCCCAGCAGAGGUCAUAGGGUCGGCCUCUACACUUGUUGUGAUUUGAUUCCACUCUUAGAGGUUCAGGCAGAACAUGAUGACAUGAACUCUAGGGUGGAUGUAUCUGUCAUUUCUUGAAUGAAGCAGUGCAUUUGUAUUUUCAGUUCUUACUGCUAUUACAGGCAUUGUUGGGGAUUUAGAAUUCUCUUUGAACCCACCCUGCUUCCAAGUUCAAUAGGACUGGGAAUUGUUGGAAGGAAAUGAGAUAGGAUCAUAUAGGUGAGGAGUGAUGUGUACUGCGAUAGGGCAUAUACAGACCAAACAAUGUUCAUCAUUCCAGUCACAGUGGCAUUACCAAUACUUCUUGGAACUGGGAAUUCCUAAGAGCACAUCUUGCUCCUUUGCAAGUAUUUCUUUUUAAGAACACUGGAAGGAAAUCUGGUGUUUUUAUGGUUCCACAGAAAUGCCAGAUUCAGCAGUACAUGGCUAGACCCUUGGUAUUGUCUCAGCCAUAUCAAUCUACUGCUGGGAGAAGGCAGAGAGAGAGAGAGAGAGAGAGAGAGAGAGAGAGAGAGGAAAAGAAGAUUUCAUAUAUAAUCAGUUCAUUAUGGUCACAAUGGAUUAUCUCCACUCAUUCUCCCAUGUGUUUAUCUGACUCUACCCAUGCCCACACAGCCACACACACUAAGUUCACACUGGUAAUGUUUGUCUUCCACCUAUGUAAUAUGUGUCAAGGAUUCUGCAAGGAGUGAGAGUUUGGCCAUCUUACAAAACUCUGAUCUGUUGCUAAAACAUUUUCUCUAAUGUAGGAAAAUGCGAAAAUUUGCAGGAGGCGAUGGCAGCAUUCCAUACUCUUCCUUAGACAAACUCAGCAGAUCUGAGGAGCCGUCAGAGUUUUCAUCCAGAAUCAGCAGCUUCUUUGACUCAGUAUUGCGGAGAAGGAGCAGGGAGGGGUACGGUUGGUAGUGUUGGCUUGUUCCGGAGGUAGCAAUUAUAUAUAUAUUUAUCUAAUAUUUUUCUAUCUGCUGACCUUGCCUCUGUUACAUCAUAUUCUAAUUUUAUGGAAUGUUGUCUUUUGUAGGCGAUUUAGUUGUUUUUAUUUAAAUGAUGUAAGUUGGCCUUGCAUAGGCAUGACAAGCAUGACGCUCAAGAGAGCGCAAAUGGUUCUCCCCUACCCAGUGCUGUUUUUCUAGAAAAACACCUCCCUUGUUCUCUUCUAAUGGCAAUGGCGCACCCCUAAGAGGUGCUGGAACUGUGUUCUGCUGAGUUCCGGCUGGGAAAAAAGCCCCACCCCUGCCUUCAUACUUUGCAACCACCCUGUCAGAUAGAUUAGGCUGUGGCAGUCCCAAGGCCCUUCAUGGCCAAGCAAGGAUUGAAACCUUCAUCUCCCCAGUGAUUGUCUAAUACUCUAGCUACUGUACCACACUGUGAUUUGCUUCUGAAAUGGAGAGAGUUGCAUUGUUUUUCUAUGUUCUCUUUGGGAUAAAAGAUGAGGUGUUAUUGAGAGGAAUUAAUACUCUCCCAACUGGUUUUCAGUCAGACAGAGAAAUUGUUUUGUUCAUCUUUUUUAAGAGUCCUCUUUUCAGUAGAUUUUAAAAUAGCAAUGGGAAAUUUCUCUUGUACAUAAUUAUGUCUGGCCUGUUGCCCAUGCCUUCUCCAGGGGUUUGAAACUUUGGAACACUUUCUUUUAGUUCCAAGAAAAAGAAAGAAAGAAAGAAGCCAGUGAAUGUGUGUGUUUAUUCUUUUGAUAGAAAAAGAAAUGGAUAAUUCUGUAAUCCCUCUGCCAUUUCUUGAUUUUAUUAUUAUUUUUAUUAUUUCAUGUAUGGAUCGCUUCCUAUGAAACAUCUCAACUUCACUUUAAAAAUGUGUAGAAAGAAGACAUGCUAUCUAUAGCAUUUCCUUCCUUAGGAUUAAAAGGGGAAGACGGGUAGCAGAUAAAGGGACUGAAACAGAACAUAGCAGUGGUGUGAAACGCCGGAUUUCCAGAUCUGAGCAUAGCUUGCAGCGGUCCAAGGAAGCGGUCUUACCUAGUGCAGAAAAAACCCUGGUAAGACAUGAUUUGAGUUUGAUGCUUUAGUUUUCCAGAUGCAAAUGUCAAAUGGGUUUUGUAGGAACAAUGAUAUAUAUCACAAUCCCCCGCAUAUUUCAGAAAGCAUGGAAUACAGCUUUGUAAAAUGUACUUUGUUGCUGCAAGCAUGGAUCAUUAAAAUGAUUAGACAUUUAUUUAAUCAUGGAAAUAAUAUACUUGGCAAAGCAAUUUCAUCCUGCCUAGAUAUUGCUCAGAAAGUCAAAAACCAUGCAAAGUCUUUUUUUCUUCUGUGGAGUUUAAAUCUGUAAAUUCCCUAAAGGGAAGAGAUUAGAUUGAGGCUGCCAUCAAACGCCCUUCGGCCCCUGCUUUUGGAUUGAGACUUCCCCCUGUUGCAAAAUCAUCUAGGAGGCUACUUUGGAUGAAGAAUUGUUUUUGUUACCACAUAUUCUUAUUACUAGGGACACUGGUGGCUCUGUGGGUUAAACCACAGAAGGUCGGUGGUUCGAAUCCCCGUGACACGGUGAGCUCCCGUUGCUAGGUCCCUGCUCCUGCCAACCUAGCAGUUCGAAAGCAUGUCAAAGUGCAAGUAGAUAAAUAGGUACUGCUCUGGUGGGAAGGUAAACGGCAUUUCUGUGCGCUACUCUGGUUCGCCAGAAACGGCUUAGUCAUGCUGGCCACGUGACCCGAAAGCCAGUAAAGCGAGAUGAGCGUCUCAACCCCAGAGUCGUCCACGACUGGACCUAAUGGUCAGGGGUCCUUUUACCUUAUUCUUGUUACUUAAGAAGGUAAAGGUACCCCUGCCCGUACGGGCCAGUCGUGUCCGACUCUAGGGUUGUGCGCCCAUCUCACUUAAGAGGCCGUGGGCCAGCGCUGUCCGCAGACACUUACAGGGUCACGUGGCCAGCGUGAUGAAGCUGCAUCUGGCGAGCCAGCGCAGCACACGGAAAUGCCGUUUACCUUCCCGCUAGUAAGCGGUCCCUAUUUAUCUACUUGCACUUAAGGGUGCUUUCGAACUGCUAGGUGGGCAGGAGCUGGGACCGAAAGACGGGAGCUCACCCCGCCGCGGGGAUUCGAACCGCCGACCAUGCGAUCGGCAAGCCCUAGGCACUGAGGUUUUACUUGUUACUUACUUUAUCAUUAUUCAUUGCCUCUCCUUUUUUUAAUUGCUUUAUUGAUUGUAAAACAAACAAACAAACAAACAAAAAGAAACAGUCAACAAAAAACCCAAAGGUUAAUACGAAUUACAAAAGAUAAGUUAAUUUCGUACAACACAACUUCUGUUAUGACUUCCAUUACCUCAUUAUCUCUUUAAUCCUACCUUUCCUCCAAGGAUCAGAGGGUGGCACAUGUGGUCCCCCGCCCCCAAACUUGAUUCUCAAAACACACCUGUAAUGAGUGAUGAAAGAUGAAAGUCAGUUAAUGACCCAAUGUCACCCAGUGUGUUUCAUGACCAAUCUGAGAUUUAAAGCCCCUUGAUGGAAGGGAUACCUGCAUUGCAUCCAAACUCCUUCAACAUGGUAGAUUACUUUGCCAUGCUACCAUGUAGGAAAAUAGCAGUGCAGGUUCUUGUGACAGCAACUUAGCCCUCUGUCUCACAGCCUGGAGCAAAUGGCAGUGCUUUUAGGAGAGUAAUAACCAUGCUGAUAACCAUAUGUCGCAGAAACUAAAGUUUUGGUUGCAAUUCCUCUCCUUUCAGUUGUUUGCUUGUACAGUGGUACCUCGGGUUAAGUACUUAAUUCGUUCCGGAGGUCCGUUCUUAACCUGAAACUGUUCUUAAGUUGAAGCACCACUUUAGCUAAUGGGACCUCCUCCUGCUGUCGCUAAUUUCUGUUCUCAUCCUGAAGCAAAGUUCUUAACCCGAGGUACUAUUUCUGGGUUAGUGGAGUCUGUGGCCUGAAGCGUAUGUAACCCGAGGUACCACCGUAGUGUUUAGUUGGUACUAUUAACAAGCAGUUUUCUACUUACUGGUAACUAUUACACAGAUUAUGCUACAUGAACAUGACGAGUUCGAUCUGCAUGAUGUUGACUAGCUUUCAUUCUAACUUGUACUCUUUUCAGGUUAAUGCCAGGCGCUCUGGGGUUUCUGAUGAGCUGUCAAGUGAGGAGGAUACAGAUGCUGUGAGUCAGAACAUUUUGUUGCGCAGAAGUGUAGAAGGUGCCCCUAGUGAAAAUCAGAGCAGGAAACCUUCUGUUACUACUUCUGCUUCUCCAAACCAAUCAGUAUCACAGGUAAGUUACAGUUUCUGUAACAGUGAUUGCUGUCUUAGAGAAGUAAUUACUCCACUUCCACAGACCCGGGUUGGGUGUCAUCUUUGAUCAGAAGCAGCUAGAAAAUAAGCUGUUAAAUUUUAUUUGAUCCUAAAGCCCUGGAUUAAAUGCUGCCACGUUGUUAAAUGUAUUUCAACUUCUCAGUACUUGGGAAUGCCUGGAAAGGAAAUGAAUAAUGCUUAUUUCAAAUUGACAUAAAAUGUAAGCCACUUUUCCUAGUAUAUUUAAUGUAUUAAUACGGUUUGCGUUCUAGAUGGACAUAACAAAAUAUAAAAUAGAAUCACAGAACUGACACUGACAUCUAGGAUGACGACUUUCUGUUUUGGUACCCAAGGCCUUUUCUGACUCACUAUCCCUGUAGACUCAGUAGUUUUGCUUGUUCUAGAGUAAACCCAGAACGAAACAUGAGUUUAAUGGUACUUAAAGAAAAUAAAGCGUAAGGAUUUUAGACAUGAAGAUAAAAAUAAAUCUAUUAAAAAGUACUUCAUAGAUAACAGUAUUUUCAGAUGUUAAGGAUAGGAGUAAGUAGUUCAAGAUUAGAGGCUUCACAUUUCGAGCUAUCUAAAGUUAAUUUUAAAGCAAAACUCGUUUGCUGUUGAUGAAAGGAAAUAACUGUUCAGAAAAGUUAUAUAAAGAAGGUCCCUCUUCUUAUAUAACACCAAGGUGCCUGCGGUGGCAGCAGAAAAACAGGAGGUGAUGGUCUCCUAAGUGGCAGCUAGAGUUUGCAGUUGUCAUAGGCUUAAGGGAAAUCAUUUGGCUAUUUAGAUGACUUCAUACACCUGCAUUUUUAAAAUUAAAAAUCCCAGCUAUUGGAGCCUUAUGUACAAGGAAGUAAUGCAAAAGUACCACUUGAUAUAUCAAUUCUGUUAGCUACUCUUGCCUUUUCAUUGUACACUUCAGAAGUAUGGAUGGCAAGAUGUAUGUGUCUAUGGUGGCUCCCCAUGGGUUUUAGAACCCUGAUUUCCCAGCAUUCUACAGCUCGCAUAAAGACCCCACUUCACUUUCUGCAAGUUGGAAGGCAAGAAGAAAUGGCAAAGUAAGGUGGUGAAGGAGCAAGAUUAGGACUAAGCCGCCACCUCUGGUUAUGUUUAUGUAGGGGUGUGUGCAAGCACACACACACUUUGGACAAGAGAAAGGGGAAGAUAAGAAAUAGUAUGUUCAUUCCCACAUGUAAAAGUUCUGCACUUACUGUCUUUUGUGAUCUGAGGCAGAUCAAGGAGGUCGUGAAAUCUAUGCAAGACUCUGACAGCAUAGAGGAAUCGGAACUGGAUGCAACAGUUAUUCAUGAGGUACCAGUUUACGCAAAAGUUUAGAUUAUUAACAGUAUGUCACAUAAGUUGAAGAGCCUGGAUGCAGAUAAUCACCCUUUUUGAAUUUGGGAUUAUCUUUAGCCUUAUGCGAGGAAGUAGUUGCUGAUGUUUUAUUCUUAAAUGACAUGACCCUUUCAGUGCAACUUUAAUUGGGUAGGUGAUGAUGGAAAAUGAAAUGAAUGACACCUGUUUCCAGUUGAAACAUACUACUUUAUCUCAAUGUCUGCUCCUUGCAUUGUCUGAAAAGGCACAUUGAGCAGUUCAUAGUCAGCAGAAUGGGAAUAAAUAUGUGCUCCUUACUUGAGUAUUGCAUUUUUUUGCUAAAUAUCUCUAGGUAUACCUAUAGCUGACUCAAAUAUUCAUCAUGCUUUGCUAUACCCAAUGUGAGACUCAGAAUGCAUUCUUGUUGUAAGGGUAAAAUGUUCUUCUGUGAUGUGCCACUUCUAUUUAAAAGCGAACAAAGAACUGGCCAGUUUAUUUUUAGGAAUACAAGAUUCUAAGGUGUAUAGCCCACUUAGUUUUGGGGGUGAAAAGGGAGAUCAUGACAUUUUAUAUAGCAUCAGAGUGGAGAAAUGGGAGAAUUUUGUUGAACUUUGAAUGGCUUUUUUCAUUGACUCUUCAACAGUGGGGAUCUCUUGUUUUCACCACUUAAAAAUUGGUUUCUACUGAGAAACUCCAUUUCGUUAAAGCUCUCCACUGACAAUAAAAAUUCACCCCAAAAUAUCACACAGUGCUCUGUGACUGGUGUUCUUUGGACACUGAUCUCUUGUGUUAAGGCAAAUAUGUUGCUCUUUCCUUUCUAAAACCAAAUUUAUUUCUGUAUGAAAUAAAAUUUAAAUCUCUACCAAUCUGGAGAAAAUCUUCUUACCUGCCUUCCAGCACUGGCAAGUCAUAAAAAUGUUGACUUCACUGGUGCACUGCAGCUCCAAUGAAUCUAUUAAAGCAGAAAACUAGCACAUAAACUGGUUUAUCUAACACUAUUUUUUCUGUUGCAAAAUUAAAUUCUGGGCAGGUGAAGUAUCCCUAUUCUUAGCUUGUCUCUAGGGUCCUGCAUUACAUAUUGCAAUGCUUCUGGAUGAGUAUAGGACACAUUUGUCUAUUACGUUUGUACUUUGUGGUAGUGCCCAUGUCUCUCUCCCUCCGGCUUUCAUUUUAUCCUCACCAAAACCUUGUCAGCAGCCAGUUUGGGAAAACAUGUGUUUUCCAGGAUACUUAAAGAAGAGGAGGAGAGUGUUUUCAGUCACAAGUACACCACUUGAGAAGCUAGUGAUUGCAGCAGUUGCCUGGUAUGCUUUUCUGCAAUCUGUGAUUGAAAUGCAUGCCCUUUCUUACCACUGAGAAUACUUAUGCUUGCUAUCAGCACCCUAUUCAGUGUAAGUACAUGAGUUCAGCAUGAUUCUCUGGUCCCUGGAGGGCAUGGUUAUGUAUGAUUCCCUUUGCAGGGGGACUUUGUAGAAAAUGCUAAGUUAGCAGACCCAGUGAAAACACGGCAGACAAUUCUAAACAGAGGAGGAAUCUGUACAUUUUUCUUGCUAGGAAUAGGGUUGGGCUUGUUUGCAGUGUUGCAGCUUAAAUCAGUAAAGCAUUGUACAGGGGCAAUUUGGGCCUCAUUGAAGUGGCUAUUUAGUGACUGGUCUCAGCUGAAUCAGUUGGCGUGACGUUUCCUUGCAGGAGUCCAGAUCCUAUCAUAGUAGUGGAUCUCGGAGUGGCAGUGCAUCCCACAGAGACUCAUCCAGCACCCGCCAUGACUCUGAGACAGAAGAUGUGCUGUGGGAUGACUUGCUUCACGGGCCCGAGUACCGCUCCUCCUACACCAGUGACAGCGAGGGAGCCAAAGGAAAAGAAGCAAAGGGAAGCAAACGUGAUCUGAAGGAGGAUGUUUUCCAGCAGGUCUGUAACAUGUGAAGUGUUUCCCUCGCCACUGUAAAUUAAGUGAAUAAAAAGCUAGAGUCAAACUGCCAAAAUCUCCCCCUCAAGCAACAGGGCAUGAAACUCCUUUGUCAGGAGUUUCUGUGCACAAAAGUCACUUCUCUUUGUCAUUUAUCUGGGAGUGUAGUUGGGUUUGUGGUUCAGUUCUGGAGUAUUAGCUUAGGCAUAUUCCGCUAGAUGGCCUCAACGAUACAAGGGCAGGGCUAAGGAGAAGAUUUCCAUGAAUGGUGUGGGAGACUUGAAUCUUGGUGCAUGGCAGUGAUCUAUCAAGUGCCAGAGUCUCAGCAAUGGCUGUGGGGCAUUGGAGAGUUAUAUUCCCUAAGCCUCCUACUAAAGAGAUUCAUCAAAGUGAAAGGAGUUUUGUUUGUCAAAUGGGGGAAAUUUCUGAUAUGUACCUGUGACAUUAGCACAGUUUGCAUAUGAAAUAAAUGCACUCUCUGGGAAAGCAUAAGUAUAAAAUACUGUGUCCUUCAAGUGCUCAGAAAAUGUUGGUACUAUUGGUGGAAGCCAUGUUGAUUCAAAGCAGCAAGUGCUAAAACAAGUGUGUAUUUCUUGCGCAAAAAAGAUUUUGAGGAGACUCAGCUUAUAGGGCCUCAUAGAUAUGGUGAAAGCUUCUUGUUCUCAGAAUUACUUAGCCCUUCAACCUGCAUAAUGUUAAAGCCAUCUGUACGUUAUUAUAGGCAAUGAUGGCAUCCAAAGUGUGCAGUAAGGGUAGAGCCUUGAAGGGUGUUCAUGCAUAUUCAAAUAUGGUCCGUCUCUUGAACAGUGAAGUUUGACGUCUUAGUGGCAAAGUGUUUGCUAAUGUGUCACUAAAGCUACUGUUUUGAAGCUAUUUUUCCCCAUGUUAGAGACAGAUUUUCCAGAAUGUGGCUCCAAGAUGCGUUUUCUUCCUCAGAACCACUUGUUCUGGCUACAGAACACAAACCCAGCCUCUACCAAAGUGAGUGCCCUCAUCUGGGAGGGGAAUGAGUGCAAGAAGGUGGACAUGUCUGUGCUGGAGAUCAGUGGGAUCAUCAUGAGCAAGGUAAGGGUUAUGUGCAUUGUGUAUUUUGGGAGGAAAAACGUGACAUUUUCUGUGCAUUUUGGGUCAGGUUAAAGAUGCUAUCAUUGCUGUAUACAAACAAUUAAAAUUGCUCCAAGUUGUCCCCCACCUUAGCAACUCCUGCUGAAACAUGACAGGUGGACUGUGAUAUGGACAUUCAAGGCUGGGGGAGACUGCAGCAGCCAUUUAAUUGUAAGGAGAAAUGUGGUCAACAAAAGCUUACCAUAAUAUAUGUGUUCAUUUUCAAGGUGCCACAAGACACUGCCCCCCCCCCCAAAAAAACAGAUUAAUGCUGCUACCAUUCUGGAAAUUGCUAUGGGGAGAAAUGGGUUUUUUUGGGGGGGUGUUAACUGUUAAAAUGAAACAUUUCUUGCAGGCUGUGAAAUUUUGCUCUUGCUUUCCCUAACCAAUAGGUCAAUGCCUAUCAGCAAGGAGCUGGUUACCAGUGGCUAGGAAAUACUGUUACCAUUGGCUUAGCUUUCCUUCCAUUUCUCUAUCGACUCUUCCACUCCAAGACCCUGGAGCAGUUAUGGACCCUUUCUCUAAAAGAACUUUUAUAUAUCUUUUGCGGGGCUCCCACCAUACCUCCGGUCGUCGCCCUUUCAGCAAUCAUCUUCCUUGAGCGCCUGUGCCUCACCUGGAUGUUUUUCUUCAUGAUGUGUGUUGCCGAGAGAACAUACAAACAGGUUGGUCUGAACAAUCAAGCCUUGGGGCAACUAGUAGGCCAGAAAUGCCAUGGCAGUGAAAUGGUUGCCACUGAAAGCACCAGCAUAAUAAUAAUAAUAAUAAUAAUAAUAAUAAUAAUAAUAAUAAUUUAUUAUUUAUACCCCACCCAUCUGGCUGGGUUUCCCCAGCCACUCUGGGCUGCUUCCAACAAAAUAUUAAAAUACAAUAGUCUGUUAAACAUUAAAAGCUUCCCUAAACAGGGCUGCCUUCAGAUGUCUUCUAAAAGUCUGGUAGUUGUUUUUCUCUUUGACAUCUGGUGGGAGGGUGUUCCACAGGGCGGGUGCCACUACUGAGAAGGUGCUUUGCCUGGUUCCCUGUAACUUGGCUUCUCACAGCGAGUGAACCGCCAGAAGGCCCUUGGUGCUGGACCUCAGUAUCUGGGCAGAACGAUGGGGGUGGAGAUGCUCCUUCAGGUAUACUGGACCGAGGCUGUUAGGGCUUUAGCACCAACACUUUGAAGUGUGCUCAGAAAUGUACUGGGAGCCAAUGUAGUUCUUUCAAGACCGGUGUUAUGUGGUCUCAGCAGCCGCCCCCAGUCACCAGUCUAGCUGCCGCAUUCUGGAUUAGUUGUAGUUUCCAGGUCACCUUCAAAGGUAGCCCCACAUAGAGCACAUUGCAGUAGUCCAAGCAAGAGAUAACUAGAGCAUGCACCACUCUGGCAAGAUAGGGUCUCAGCCUGCGUACCAGAUGGAGCUGGUAAACAGCUGCCCUGGACACAGAUUUGACCUGUGCCUCCAUGGACAGCUGUGAGUCCAAAAUGACUCCCAGGCUGCACACCUGGUCCUUCAGGGGCACAGUUACUCCAUUCAGGACCAGGGAGUCCCCCACACCCACCCAGCCCCGGUCCCCCAAAAACAGUACUUCUGUCUUGUCAGGAUUCAACCUCAAUCUGUUAGCUGCCAUCCAUCCUCCAACCGCCUCCAGACACUCAGACAGGACCUUCACCGCCUUCACUGGUUCUGAUUUGAAAGAGAGGUAGAGCUGGGUAUCAUCCGCAUACUGAUGAACACCCAGGCUAAACCCCCUGAUGAUCUCUCCCAGCGGCUGCAUGUAUAUGUUGAAAAGCAUGGGGGAGAGGACAGAACCCAGAGGCACCCGACAAGUGAGAGCCCAGGGGUCUGAACACUCAUUCCCCCACCACUUUCUGAACACGGCGCAGGAGGAAGGAGCGGAACCACUGUAUAACAGUGCCCCCAGCUCCCAGUCCCUCUACGUGGUCCAGAAGGAUGUUAUGGUCGAUGGUCUCUUUCAUGUUCUUUCUCCCAAGCUUCUAGUAUCACAAAAUGAGUGUGGUGUUACUGGGUUGCAUCUUUCCCCUCUGCAUGCAAGUGGCAGCUUGUGGAAAGAGUCUAAAUGGAUUAUGUUUUCCUCCUCAUUUGACACCCUGCAGUAAUGUGUUUCCUAACCUGGAUAAAUGUUAUUGAAGGGUUCCUUAGCAUAUUGUUUAUUAACCUGACUGCAGUAAUGGUAAGAGGAGGAUCUGGUUGUGAGUCCCAAGUUACAGCAAAGUGCACUUUGUCAUGACAGAAACUUACUUUUCUUUUACAGCGGUUUUUGUUUGCAAAACUUUUUAGCCAUAUCACUUCUGCUCGGAAAGCCAGGAAGUAUGAAAUCCCUCACUUUAGACUCAAGAAAGUUGAAAACAUUAAGAUCUGGCUAUCACUCCGGUCCUACCUAAAGGUACGUCUAAAAGCACUGGCAUCUCAGCCUAAACAGAAGAUUCCAAUUGCUACUGUAUGUUUUCAAAGGAGUGAGACUAGCCCUGCCUCCUUUGUACAAAAACUAUGAAAGAGCCUGCUGCCUAGGACUGUGCUGCUGUUUUCAAGUGAGUGCUUGUUCCACCAAGCACUGAGUGAGACCAGCCCCAUCUCCCUUGUGGCAAAAUCUAAGAAAGGACCUGCCACAAGGGAUUGCAUGUUGCACUUGGUGAAGAGGUCUCUUCCCGGAGAGAAGGCAUCAGCUGGCAAUGGGCUGGUGCUUAGCAGCAGUUUUUGAUAGCUUUGAAUUAUGAGUCAGUUUUGAAGUGCAUUGUUUGUUGAGUUGUUUAUAUGCUAUUGCUUUAUAUGCUAUUGUGUUUUUAUGAUUAUGUUGAUAGAAAAUGUAUGCCAUUUUCUCAACAAUGUUGAGCUCAAAGUAGCUCACAAUAACAAUAGCACUAAAAUUAGCAAAUGCUGAAUCAAAUAGAACUGUUUCUGUUGCUCUCUUUCUUGCACACUUUCCUGCUUUGAUAAUUCAUUUUUUUGUUGUGGCAGAGGCGAGGCCCACAGCGAUCUGUCGACGUGGUUGUAUCUUCCAUCUUCUUAUUGGCUCUUUCCAUUGCUUUCAUAUGCUGUGCACAGGUAAGAUCUCAAUAAUUAUUUGAAGAUACAAUGCUGAUCAUCAAAUUUAUAUAUUAAUAUAGUACUAAUACAAACAUCUGAGUUUGGGUGUAUGUGAGGAGAGUUCCACCUCAAAGGGAAAAUUGUCCAUUUAAAGAACUUGGAACUAAAAAGCUGGACCUGAAUUUACUUGUUUCUUCCUCCUUUUCAAACAUUUUUUCAAACAUCACUUUAAAAAAUUGUAAUCCAGUGAGCAGGAGUCCCCCCCUCCCCAAGUGAUGUGUAAGCUGUUCCAGAGGAAUUCUUUGACUGAAAAACAGGAUAAAAACAAUUCUCUCUCUCUUUUUAAAAAAGUAGGUUUAUAGCUAAAAUUCCUUUUUUAUUUGGUACAUUUCCUCUCCCCAGAGGAGAGACCUUUAUAGAGCAGGCAUGGGGAAUCUCUGACCUCUGUGCCUAAUUAGGCCCAACACACAUCUUGUUGGCCCAAGAGGCAGUUUCCCCCAGACCACGGCCACUUGUUCCACCCUGAAAGUUUAUGUGAUGUCAGGUGAGUGACAGGUGGAGACACAGUUGCCCGUGAACAAGUAGGAGCCUUGCCACCCGACCCUACCCCACUCACCAUUCCCCCAUCUUUUCUUCCUAACCUAACACUGUAUGUAACACUAAUGUCUCACAAAAAAUAAAACUGACCUGUAGAAAACAUCUUGAAAAAAGAGACUACACACGUUUUUUCGUAAACUAAGAAAUCUUUAAUAAAAAUAUAUCUUAAAAAACACAAGUGGGAGCCUUAAAGUGGCAAUGCACUCCCAGUAGUGACAUCAAGCCUUCCUUACCAAUGUACUACCAGUCAGCUGGGAUUGCUUAUGCUAAUAACUUCCCCAUGGCGGAACUCCAUAGUACAGCUCAUCCUAGCAGAAAACAGAGGUUGAAGUCAGUGCCUAUCAGCUCCCUGGGAACUCUGUAGUCAGUUGAUCCUUCCAGGGGCUUGCAAAGAGCAGACCAGGGCUCUUUGGAAGCUCCUUUCACCUUGCAAAGUGCCCUGUUUGGUGCUUUGAAGAGCCCAUAAUCAGCUGAUUGGUGCUUCAACUAUGCAGGUUUUUUUGUAUGCUCCCAUCAGCCCUUACAUGUGUUUGGCAGGUGGUGGCUUCACCCAGGCUUAGGGGAGUUAAGGAUCUGGCCUGCUAGCCUCAUCUAGUUCUCCACCUCUGUUAUAGUGGCUGCUUUACAUGCACUGGAGAAGCACCCGCCUGUUCUUUUAUAUAAUGCAAGCUGUUCUAAAUGACACUAUAGAGAAGGUAGCAUCUAAACUCAGUUACAGUAAUUUCAGCUUCUUGCUUCCUUUAAUAAUCUAUUUCAUAACUGACAAGAUACCCAAUACAAAGCUGAACUCAAGUGGCCAAGCAUGGUUUAAAGCACCAAGUUUGUUCAGCUAACAACUCAAGUGCGGACACUUUCCACUCUGUCAGCUUUUUUUCUUCCCAUAGUUUAGGUUCCUUGCUAGACUGGAGACAGUCAUCUGUUGCAAGAUACAAACUCACAGGGGCAUAAUUCUGCUCUUUCUAAGCCCUCUGCUGUGACAUAUGAUUAAUUCAACUGAGAAAUAGGACAGGGAAGAUGCUAUAGAAGCUAAUGGGGCAGGUGGGAGGAGUUAUUUACAUUUUCCUCACCUGCUAAUUCUUUCCUACAGCCUCCUUGCAUUUCUGUUACUUUAGGAAACAUGUUCGAGAUUAUUUUUUGCUUUUGUGUGAAUGAUAGUUGUGUUCUUGCUGUGCAGGCUCUUUAAGUGCCCUACACUUUUUUUCUAGAGAUAAUCAGAAGUAUUUAAACAGGUACACAAUAGCAUUGUGAGAAGAAAUAAACGAAGUCCCCAUUUUGUACUAUAGCAGCUGUUAUAGCUAGUAAAGGGCAGUUUGCUGAUUUUGUUGUGUUUUCCCCCCACAGGUUUUAAAAGGUCACAAGACAUUCUUGAAUGCUGCUUACAACUGGGAAUUCCUAAUCUGGGAAACAGCCCUGCUUCUCUUCUUGUUGCGUUUGGCAUCCCUGGGCUCUGAGACCAACAAGAAAUAUAGUAAUAUUUCAAUUCUACUCACUGAGCAGGUAUUUUGCCUAACACGUACCCUUCUUGUGAUAAUAGGUUAUCAAAUACAUAAACUAAAAUUGAUAACCUGGGGUCUGUUCACUAGAAAUUAUUUGCCACUUUCAGUUUGCCAUUUAUGCCUGUAAAUUGUUAGAAUUCCUGCUCCAUGAUUUCAGUCAUGAGAUUUUUGUCUAUCACAUGACAGUUAUGUUUUGACUCCACAGAGUGGGAAGUGACGAAGACAGGAUGUUUGUGUUACUGUGUUCUGUGAAGUGGGACUAUUGUCCUUUGUUCUUUUUCUCUUUGCUGUCUGAUGCUAGAGAAAGAGGGAGCCAUGUUGCAAUGCUCCGUGUGUGUUUAUAUGUAAAUAAAGUAGAUUAGCCAAAAUUCUGAGUUGCUGAGGUCUGUCACGCAAGUUGCGCAAACUCUGCGGAUCCCUAAGUGUGCUGGUGUCGGCAUCGGUCGCUGUGAUGUUCAGGCUGAAGAAAGAUUUGGAGCUCCCGAACGAUCGACCAGGAGGGAGAAAACAUGCCAGUUGGGCAUGUUUCUCUGUCAGGGUCCUACUCGAGUGUAGGCUGAACUCCUGACAUAAAUAUCCAUACAUUUAGAUCUUUGUACAGUUCACAAGUAGUCUGUUACUUACCAACUUUAAUCUAUAUAAAAUGAAUUUAUUAGUUUUGAAGAACAAGCUGGUCUUCAAGCCAGGUGCUUGAAGAUAUUGGGGUCAUUUUGUUAAUGGCUACAAAGUGCCACACUUGCACAUUUAAAAUGUAACAAAAUUCCAAUGUUUAAUUUUCAUCUUUCAGACCCAGUGCAUGUUCUGAAGGCUCAUGAGGCCUUGCUGAAGCUAAGCAGGUCUGGGUCUUGUCAGUGCCAAGAUGGGUGAGCCCUUGGGUACCAGAUGUAUGAUGCCCUUAGUUCUAUAACAAAAGGCAGGAUAUAAAUGAUGCUGUAUCCGAUUCCUUGUAUUCCUGCCCCCUUUACAAGCUACAAAUCUACUUUUCCUGCUACAUGGACUCUAAAAAUAUACCCUUCAUGAAGCACCUGUCUAUGUAGCCAGGAUUUGUUUAGACACCUGUCUUCUAAGGCUAUCAUCUCCCUUUCUCUGAGGUACCCAUGUUUCUGGUAGAGAGACUAGCUUGUCUCUCAUUUUGGUGCUAGGGUGUAUUGUAAUUUGCUGACCCUCCUUUGGUAUGCAGGCAAAUGGUUGAUUUUUUUGAGGGGGGGGUAACUUCAAGCAUUUUAGGUGUGUGUGUAUUUUAAAGCUCCUUGUGGGGGCCUGUGUUUCUGCUGCUUUGCUUAUGAGUUGAUGAAAAGCACCAUGCUAAUAAAAUGGCAAGUAUUUACGCUUUAUACCGUAUUUUAUGCUGUUUUUUAUAGCAUCAAUUAAGUGCUUUAAAUUUGUUGUUAGCCACCCUGAGCUCAGUUUUCUGAACCGGGAAGGACGGGGUAUAACUAAAAAAUUAUUAUUAUUAUUGUUGUUGUUGUUGUUAUUAUUAUUAUUAUUAUUAUUAUUAUUUUACUUCAAUUAAUAGUGCCUAAGGCUAAGGAUGGGUGAAGGAAUGUUGCUUAUGCUGAGCAUGCCUCCUAUCCCUCCUAUCCCUAUAGGUGAAGGACAGACUUGGAUCAAUAAAAGAUGUGAACUGUUGUUUUUUUUUAAUCUGUUGCAGAUAAACUUAUAUCUUAAGAUGGAGAAGAAGCCAAACAAGAAAGAACAGCUCACACUGGUGAACAAUGUCUUAAAACUUUCUACCAAACUCCUGAAGGUGAGCAGUUCAGAACUAUGUAACUCUUUGUCUGUUUAAUACUUGAUAAAAUGAUGUUUGACCAUUUGAAGGGUUUUUUUGUGGUGCCCAUUUGGGAAGGGGCAGAGCACAUACUUUGCAUGAACGUCUCAGGUUCAACGCUUGGCAUUUCUAGGUAGGGAUGGGAAAUCUUGCUGUCUGAAACCCUGAAGGAUCAGUGUGGACAGUACUGACCUAGAUGGUCCACUGGUCUGACUCAGUGUAAAGCAACUGCCUAUGUUCCUAAGCAAGACUAGCCCGUUAACUUUCCUUUUCUGAUGGCAGGAGUUAGAUACUCCAUUUAGACUGUAUGGCCUGACAAUGAAUCCCUUAAUCUACAACAUUACUCGUGUGGUGAUCCUGUCUGCAGUCUCUGGUGUUAUAAGUGAUCUACUGGGAUUCAACAUUAGAGUAAGUAUUGAUGUGUCUGCAUGCAGAGUGGCUAGUUCAGUUCGGUGUUUUUCUGUACUCAAGUUCAUACACUGAAGUACAGCCUUCCCUUCCUAUGUACUUGAUGAUGCUGCAACAGAUACUGUUACCAAUGAAAUCAGCAAUUGGGCCUCACGAUUCUGGACCUUCAGUUUGAAACCAAACCAAACCAAACCAAACCAAACCAAACCAAACCAAAUCAGAGAAGGUCGCUCAGUUUAAAUCAUUGGUUUCUGCUGCUUCAUGUGUGUAGCCUGCAAAUGAACAAUGAUCUGACAGUUGCUUGUAUAUGCUUUAAAAGGCUUAGUUUUGAACUAUGAAGCUACAGUUUUUUAGAUUGAUUUUUAAAAAUUCAAUUGUUAAGCUACUCUCCUGAUAUAAUGCCUACUUAAUUUUUUAGUUGUGGAAAAUCAAACCGUGACUUGAAGAAGAAAGAAGCUUGGGCCCUUGUCCAGUGCCACAAGAGUUAUCAGCAGUCCUGCAUGGGCUUGGAAUGGCAUUUGAAGGUGCUUCUCUCAUUUUAGUAGUCUUCACAUCUUAUGUUUUUCAUACAUUCUGUCAAGACCAGAAUAAAUUAAUUUUAUUCUCAGUGAGGCCAUGGCUUGAAGAAAUGGUUAAAGAAACCUUAGUAAACGGGCUUCUUAGAAUAAAGUUAUUUGACAAACCUGCAGCUCCCAUGGAGUGCAGUAGUAUGAAAUCUUACAACAGAUAUUUGUUGCAUAAACAAAACCACUGCAUCAAGCCAGUCAUUUUCUGACCUGAAAAGGCUUGCUGUUAAGUCAUCUGUAAGGGGAACAGAACUUAAUGCAUAUUAGGAACAUGUUAAGGGACAUGUUUUUAAAAUGAGGUGGCUGAGCAUGGUGCUGUGUUCUAAGUUCAGAGAGGUGCUUGUUUUUGGCAGAAUCACCUCCUUUUGGUAGCUUGCUCUUGACCUACUUUAAAGUGCCUCCAAUAAAAUUUUCUUGAAUGGCACUAGACUUAGCAGCAGAAGCUGCUGGAGGCCUUGCCUACUGAUGUUGAUUUAUAAGAGAAGGAAAUUAUAUACUCAACUUGUGGUGAUGGAUUUUUAUCUCCAGGCAUGCAGCGGUUGCUUAGGAACACACAAACAGCUCCAGAAGGUGGCUUACAGUAGGCCUGCCACACACACCAGGAGUGAUGACAGUUUUUAUAUGAUUAGCAUUCUUCAAAUAACUCAUUAUGUGAACUCAGACUGAUCUGAACAAGCAAAGCAAUCUCUCCAUGAGAGAAUACAGCAAUGUUUAUAUGCUUCCAGAGAGAGCAGAUAUUCUACAGUAUUUAAGAGGCAAUUAGAACCAAAUUUCUGCUGGGAUAGAUUACAACACCCAUUGCUGGCAUUUAGCUGCACGGAAAGUGGGUUGGACCUGAAAAUUUUCCCACUGCAGGGGGCUAUUGAUUAAAGAACUUUACACACAAUCCUUCCCAAGUAGGGUAAGUAUUAGGGCUGUGGACUGCUUCACACAAGAAAAUUUUCUAUAGCUGUACUGAUUUUCACAUAUGGUAUAUAUAUGGUUUACCAUACAUAAAUAUUUAGAACCUACAUGGCAGCUUCUGAAUGUACAUGGCAGCAAACCCAUAUUUCUAUGUUUUUCUAUUUGUGAUACUAUAAUUUUAUUCCUGAAUCCACAUACAAAUAUGUGAAGUAACUCUAAAAGGGCUUACCAAAUUAUCACUGAGUGGUUGGUUGCUGUCACUAGUAUGUAUGGAAUAGUUGAAUAUUUUUAAAAUCAGCACUGCCUGUAGCAUCUUAAGCAAGAUAUACUUUGUAUAUGAUACUGUUUAUACAAACAGCUUUGUAUGAACUGUUUAUUGUCAUACAAUAUUCUUCAAAUCCAACUAAAUGUUAGUAAUCUGGAUGAAUAAAACUAAUAUAAACACUGAA